GCCCCCUCUGCUAUGCACAUUUAUGUGGCGUCCCAAAGUGGCCAACAGUCUUUAGCGUUUCUCGCCUCGCUAUGCUUUUAUAAAUAAAACAGAUUCGCCGAUUCCUCUGACGUCGCAAUCCCUCUAGUCAAUGUCUAAUUUCCCUCAAAGGGACACACUGUUAACUCGACUUUGCGCAAUUAGCACCUUAGUUACGUGAGCUCAGAAAUUCCUCCCUCCUAGGAGCUCUCUCUCUCUCUUUCUCUCUCUCUCUCUCUCUCUCUCUCUCUCUCUCUCUCCUCGCCCCUCCCCCCGUGACUCUUAGUCGGCGCGUGGAGCGUAUCCAACGUGAGUGGUGACACGUGCUACGAAGAUAUUGCCUUAUUGCGGAAAAUUUGGAUCUUUGAACAGAUUGCGUGGUGUUAAUGUUUCACACAAAUAAUUUUGUUUACUUUGAUCGAUUAAGUGCAAGUAUCUCUGCUAAAACGUUUCUACAAAUAAUUUCUUGAAAUUUUGCUUAACAAGCCCAGCAUUAUAAACUAAUACUCGUGGAUCAGUGAGUGGAAGAUGGAAAACUUUGUAUAUAUAAUCAGCUGUUUUUGUGUUUUCUGAAAUACCAAGGAAUGGUAAGAGACUCAGAAAUUUAAAUAGCAAACGACUAUGAAUUAUCUUUAAACGGACGGGACAAAGAGCAAUAAGUGACGCUUCGAAACCCUAUGCCCACUGAGUAGCACCAAGGAUUGUGGAAUAAAAUGAGUCGUCAAUCAUUAGACUAUAGAUUGAUGUGAAUUGUGUUUUGGUAAACACUUUGGAUUGUAAUUUAUGUCCUAAAAAUGCUCUGCCAAUAGGCUAACUGCAGUGUAGCUCAUUAUCCGUGGUAGCAAAUCUCCGCGAUUUUUCAUUUUCGCUUGUGGCACGCAGUACUUGGUGCCUGUUCUUCAAUGUGUCAUCGAAACCACGAUGCGCGCUGCGUGCUACUCCGAAGUAGAAAAACAGAGGAAUAGUGUAACCAAUGGUGCAUCCUGUUGUCACUCCUUCCACGCGCGCAUUAAAAGAUAUGCACUUAAUGCUGUGCACCAGUUACUGAUCAGGUAGCCACCCUAAAGUCCAUCAGUGACAGGCUAGCCAGGAUGGAUGUUACGUUUCAGUCGCCCUUUUACUUCUCGAACUUCCAACCAAGUACAAAUGUGAUAAGUUCACCGCUGGAAGACAACGGAAGCCUGAACUCAGAGCAUCCGAUGCCGAAGACGGAUACCAGUACAGUAAGGUUUAAUCUGGAGGCAGUGGGCAAUCCUGGAGCCAGGAAGGAGCCAGGAAGACCUCCGAGAGACUCAUUGAACGUAGCGCGAAAGACCGAUCGAUCACGCGGCUACGAAGUACGCGGGAGUCCGGACAGAGCGGACGAAACGGACGAAACGGACGAAACGGACGGUCAAUGGCAGAGAAGGGACGCGGGACGCGUGAUCGGUUAUCCGUUGUCGGGCAAGGCGGACGCGCACAACAAAUACUUGUUUUCGUUUCGUUUCGUCGUGAAAAUCAUACGACUGGUUACAUAAUACGAGUACAAGCAUGGUUUGUACUUUCAUUCGAAUUACCUCGGAUGGAAAGAGAAAGGACGAGCGGCUUACCGAACUGCCCUCGCGUUCAAAACUUCUCGAUGUAACGAAAUUAUUGUAUUUUUCAAAAAUUUAGUAAAUAUCCUGGAAUAUAAUGUUUUCAUA